AUGUUGCUGUUACGCGAGGACGACGCUGCGCAGCGCGAGGAGUUUUACAAGUGGAUCGCCGAACUACAGCGGCGGAACGAGACGACGGCCAAAGUGCUGGGUCAUCAGAGGGAGAACAUGGUGGUCAGCUGCCUGGUUGGCGGGAAAGACUGCAACACUCCCGAGCAUCUUCAAAUGAAAGUUUACGGCCGUUACGGCAAUUGUUUCUGUCUGGGCUGCAAUCUCAGUGCAGAAAGAGAGAAGAUACAGACGGCCUACAGCCCGGACCAAGGUGUUCGCCUGCUACUGAACCUGGAGAUCCACGAGUACCUUCCUCACACAACAGAAGCGGGCUUUGUCGUCAGCGUCCAUCAGCCCGGAGUGCAGGUCGACUUCCGCGACAGCAUAUUUUUGCUGCCUUGCCACACGACGAUGAUCAGCGUUACGCAGUCUAUUUAUUUUCGGCUAGAGCCUCCGUACCGGAACCCAUGCCAGCGGGAUUUCCCCGAGAAAUACCGCGAAUAUGUUCCCCCGGACCGAGUGUACACAAGAAAGGCCUGCAGACACAUUUGCGCCCAGCUAUACGUUAUCGCCGCCUGUGGUUGCCAGUCGCACGAUUACGACACGGUCGACCGGUCACUGGCCGACAUAUGUAACGAAGACGACGAGGAACUCAAUAAAUGCAUCGCAGAAGUGUCCGAGAGGAUUGACGGAGGGAAAGUUGACUGCCCGUGCUUAGAAAGCUGCACGGUGAUAGAGUACUCAUGGCAAGCAUCUUCUCUGAAGUGGACAAAACACAUUCUGGAAGAGCAAAAGGUGCCUGAACGCGACAGAGGGAAACAUGGCAAGGUACUGACGGAAGUCGUCGUCUACUUAGCGAGUGCGCAAGAGUACCGCAGAAGGAACGACCCCAAAGUAACGGUGAACACUGCAAUACUCAACCUGCUGCAGGUGCCCCGUCUGAUCAGUGGCAUGGGCAGCAUCAUGGGGAUGUACGUGGGCAUGUCCUUCCUGCUGAUUUUCAACGUGUUUGACAUCAUCGCUCGUGCUUUAAUUGUCUCCUACAAGCAAUUUCAGAGAGUGCAAGAAUGCCGUGCAGCCCUUCGAGGUAUAACCUGGCACCCGCACAACCUCCUGCCUGGCUAUGGCUUCUUAAACUGGCGUGGCUUUGCACCUUACAUGAAUAAAGCCACUGGACAUUACUGA